AUGUAUUUCUUUUCCUCUCUUCUUCUUGUAACUGCUACCGCGUCGGCGGUGGCGGUCAAUUUGCUACCGACCGGUCGGUGUCUUCCAUCUCAGCCGUGCUGGCCUUCUGAUCAGACAUGGCAGGCCCUGAAUGAAUCCGUCUCGGGUCGUCUUGUAACGGUCAAACCAGUCGGUUGGCCGUGUCAUGAUCCCACGCUGGACUCGGCCCUAUGCGAUGAGCGGAAGGUACUCAGUACUAAUUCCUCCUGGCGUCGCGAACAGCCCGGCGCACUCCAGUACCAGAACUGGGAAGCCCUGCCGUCGGCGAACGAGAGUUGUUUCAUGAAAACACCUAGCUUGGUGCCCUGUGGCCAGGGAAGAGUGCCUGUGUAUUCUGUUGUUGCUGAAACCGUCGGGGAUAUACAACAGGCUGUGCGAUUUGCACGGGACCAGAACUUGCGUCUGGUGGUCAAGAACACGGGCCAUGAUUUUCUAGGUCGGUCGGGAGCGCCGCAUUCUUUGCAAAUUGCCACUUUCAAGAUGCGUGAGCUUUCGUUUAGCGAUGAAUUUGUGCCUAAAGGGGCCCCGGGGGGUCGCGGUCUUGGGUCGACGGUGACGGUUGAAGCGGGUGCCGUUCUAGAUGAGAUCUACCCGGCCGUGAAGGAAGAAGGUAAGGUGGCGGUUUUGGGAGCGGCGCAUACAGUCGGCGCUGCUGGAGGAUAUAUUCAGGGAGGUGGACAUUCGCCUAUUGGUUCCUGGAAAGGCAUGGCAUCUGACAAUGCCGUGGAAUUCGAGGUGGUAACUGCAGAUGGCGAUCUGGUCACGGCCAACCAGUAUCAACACCAGGAACUGUUCUGGGCUUUGCGCGGUGGCGGUGGAGGAACGUUUGGAGUCGUCACCAAAGUCACUUUGCGGACCUUUGAUGAAGUGCCCACGGUGGCCGUGAAUCUGACCAUUUCCAUGCCCUGGAGUCCGAACUCCAGCUACUGGCAGGCCCUGGCGGAAUUUAGCUCACAUAUUCCGACUAUCAACGACGAGAACUGUGCUGGAUACUUAUUCUUGGUGCCGAAGCUUUCCUUGGAGAAUUUCACCGUGUCCGUGCUACAGGCGGAUACUUUGUGCAUGGAUCAAUCGGCUGCCAAGGUUGAUAAGCUCUUUGACUCUGUUCUCGCGCCCAUCCGCGCUCUGCCUGAUGUUACAGUCACCUAUAACUCGACCUCCUACCCUACCACCAAUAUGGCUCUGGAUAAUACGCUCAUAGUGGGAAGUAGCUACGACCAGACCGGUGAUUUGGCCAUCUUAGGCUCUCGUCUGAUCUCUCGUGACUUGCUCCAGUCAUCAAACGGAGGCUAUGACGUCGCUAAGACGAUUUCUCAACUGCAGACGAGCGAUGGAGAACUGAUACAAGUCCACUUCGUGGCUGGAGGACAAGUCACCAAAAAUGUGGACGUGGAGAGCGGAUUGAACCCGAUCUGGAGAAAGGCGGCGUUGAGUGUGAUUUGGACACGCUCUUGGCCUCCGGGUACCUCGGCGCCCGAGAUCCACGCCGUGGAGGAACAAGUCACCCGUGAAGUUGAGAUGUUCAAAGCUCUCGAGCCAGACAUGGGGGCGUACUCCAACGAGGCAAAUCCCAACGAAGUGGAUUUCCAGAAGACUUUCUGGGGAGAGAACUAUGCACGAUUGUAUGACAUCAAGCAGAAGGUAGAUGCUCGGGGGUUGUUUAUUGCUCGCAAAGGAGUUGGUAGUGAAGAUUGGGAUGAUCAAGGGCUCUGCCGACGAGCAGUCUGA